AUAGUUGGCGCACCGCCACCGUCCGCCUCUCCAAACCUCCCAGUUCGCAACCUCCGUCGGCGCGCGCGCCGGUGACACCGCCCUUCCUGACUACAUCUAUCUUCCUUCCAUCACCGGUGGCGGCAGCCCCGAUUGCAUCGCAUGACCAGGAGCCACACCCCGAAAUCCCUCGCCGUCCUGCUCCGUGCCAGGAUGCACCCCGACUCUAUCCCCUCGCCGCCGCCCGCUCCGUCACCCCCCGCCAGCCCCGAGCUCGACCCCAGUGCCCGGCCGGCCGCCGCCUCCUCCGUCCGCCACUGGCUCCACGCCUCAAUCGCCGCGGCCUCCCCGCCUCCCGCCGCCCUCGAGUGCUUCUCCGACGGGUACCGCUCCCUCGACCGACGCGGCCGCCACGAGAUCCUCCGAUCCCUCGCCACAGACUACGACGUGCCCCGCGCGCGGGUCCGCGAUCUCAUGCGCCAGUACGUGAGCGUCUCCGCCACCGGGGAGGGUGGGGACGAGCAGCCGGGGGCGGAGAGAGAGGAGGGCGGCGCCGCAUCGGCUUUGUACCGUAUGGAGAGGGGGCUCCGGGACGCGCUCCGGCCCAAGUACGCCGGGUUCCUCGAGGCCAUGAACGCGCAGCCUGGCGGGCUCAAGCUCCUCGCGGUCAUCCGAGCCGACCUCCUCGCCUUGCUGGGGGAGGAGAAUGCUCCUGUGCUGCGUGCAUUGGAUGGGUACUUGAAGGAGAAGCUCGUGACGUGGCUCAGCCCAGCGGCACUGGCACUCCACCAGAUAACCUGGGAUGAUCCUGCCUCCUUGCUGGAGAAGAUUGUGGCUUAUGAAGCUGUGCAUCCAAUCAGAAAUCUAAUAGACUUGAAGAGAAGGCUGGGUGUGGGCCGACGUUGUUUUGGUUACUUCCAUCCUGCGAUACCAGGGGAGCCCCUGAUUUUCAUCGAAGUUGCUCUCCUCAAAGAUAUGGCCACAUCUAUACAGGAAGUUUUGUUGGAUGUCCCUCCAAUCGCUGAAUGUGAAGCUAAAUGUGCACUGUUUUACUCAAUAUCAUCAACCCAGCCAGGCUUAUCAGGUAUUAAUCUGGGAAAGUUUCUUCUCAAGCGUGUCAUUGACAUGUUGAGAAAAGAUAUGCCUUCCGUGCAGAUUUUUGCUACUCUUAGCCCGAUACCUGGUUUCAUGCAAUGGCUUCUCGCUAAGUUGGCCUCUCAAAUAAAAUUAGCAGAGACAGAGAUGCAAGAGGGCAAUUCGAUAGAAGGUGCCAGUUCUACUUUCAGAGAAUCCAUCCUUUUCCCGGAGGAAGAGAAGAUGAUACACAGUGCCAUCGAUCAAGUCAACGGUAAACAAGGAAUUGAACUUUUGCAAGAUAUACUGAAAUCAAGUCAAUGGGCAAAGUCUGACAAAUUAUCUGCUGCGCUGAAAUCUCCUCUUAUGCGUUUGUGUGUAAGGUAUCUUACCAGAGAGACAAUACGAGGAAAAGCUCUAGAUGCUGUUGCUAAUUUUCACUUGCAAAAUGGAGCAAUGGUUGAGAGAAUAAACUGGAUGGCCGACCAAUCCGAGAAGGGCAUUGAACAAAGUGGAGGUAUCAUGGUCAAUUAUCUGUACAGGUUGGAGAAUAUAGAAGAAUAUGCAUCGUCUUAUUCGGCUACAGGGAUUAUCCAUACGUCACCUAACCUCUCCUAACAUGUUGAGGUUAGCUCUGUGCUUGGCUGUAUCCUUACUGAGAUAUUCUGGAACAGCCACAUAUAUAUGAAACGGAGAUGCAAUUGCUUCACAUCAACAAUUGUAUCUGUGUGUGAUACACUCAAUGAAGAUGAUUUACAGCGGAAGUAUCUGACUCCUCUUCUGCGGUUUAUUGUGGACAUUCAAGGCACAUGGUUAGUUUGGUAGUGGCUGUUCCUUCCGUAUACUACCUUCUAAAAGCCUAGAGGAGAUAUGAAUUGAUGACUCUGGCUAGCUCUUCAUCCCUUCCGCUUUGGGAAUCGUAGCAGAAAAUACAACAUGUAUUUAUAUCUUGCACAUGAACAUGCAAAGGAACACACACUGCAAAUUAUUGUAAGACCAUUUUUUCUGUACAAUGUAUAACAUAUAUCACAUCUGUUAUUUGUGGA